AUGGACGACCUCACUUCCAAGAUAAACGACCUCCUCAGUCCCCAGACAGAUGACCUCCCCGAAGAAUUCAUCUACAUCCUCGACAUCACCAAAGGCAACCCAGGCUCCAUGUCCGUCUGCAACCAGCUCGUCCGGGCCGAGCGAACCGACCUGUUCCUCAACAUUAAGAAGUUCUCGACCGAAGGUCACGAGCUGUGGCUAGUGUACAAGGACGUCUGCGGGCAAGAUCUUACGAAAUCGAUCCGCCUGCUGGAGCUCAUUCGUGAUGGGAAGGUGCUGGCUGAGGAGGUGCUAGAGGCCGGGGAGGAAAGGAACAGGAAGGAGAUUGAGUGGUUGUUGGAUUUGGUGACGACUCCUGAGGAAAGGGAGCAGGAGAAGGAGAGGGAGAGGGAGAGGGAAAAUGCUGCUAGGCGGGAAAAGAUCAGGGAGGAUAUUCAACGGGCUAAGGAGAUAUUGAUGCUCUCUGAACUGGAAAAGGAGCAGGAGAGAAAGACGGUGGAGGAGAGCAAGGACGUGGAGGAGAACAAGCAAGCGGAGAACAAGAACGUCGAGGAAAAGGGACUGGAGGGAGAGGAAGCGAACAAGAAAGGAGAGAAAGAGAGUGAGAAGGGAGAAGUGGAGGGCGAGGAGGGGGAGAACGAGAAGGGGGAGGUGGAGAGCGAGAAAGAAGAGAAAGAGGAUCGCGAACUGAUCGGCCCGGAUACGUUUGCCAUAGAUCCCCACCACGACUAA